CUGAUAUUUAAUUUUUUUAUUAAAACGUGCAGAGCGACCAGGAUCUUAUGGCACUUAGAUGACAGUGACAGGAGGGCGCUGCUAGUAAAUAAGUGGUGUAAUAAGGAUAAUUAAGUAUGUAAGAUCCCCGCACUUAAGGGAACGUUCUAAUUUACAAUUACUCGUAAAGAGUAAUACGAAAUAUAAAAAGGCUUAGCAACACCUACCUCGAUAAAUAAAAGGCUUAGACCUUCCUAAAAUUAGUUCCGAUUUCAGCCACAAGAUCUUGGUCUUUAUUGACAUCUGUUGCACCUGGAGCGUAAGUUUGGAACGUAACUCAACUUUUCGCGGUUUUUCUAAAUGUCAGUUUGACAACUUUGAGUUGUCUUAAAUUUACAUUUUUAUUUGUUUAUUUGAGGUUUAUUUAAUGAUUUACUCCAUUAUUCUUAAAUUAUGAUUUAAAUGAACCUAACAUAAGUUUUAUACAGUGACCUUCCGUUAUUUACAAUGUCUUCUUUACUAUCCGCAGAACUUUCAGCUACUUGCAAUGCUUUAGGAACUUUUGAUAAAAAAACAGGAAAGUAUUUGAUAGAUGAAUUUACUCUUAACACAGUUAAGGACUUAAUAAGAUAUCUACGCCGAGAUGGAGAAGAUCAUGAAAUCAGGAGACACUUUGGCCAAACAAAAGUCUUACAAACUGAUUUGAUUCCAUUGUUGAUAAACCACUGGGAAAAUUCAGAGUUAUUUGAUGUAACAUUAAGGCUUUUAGUUAAUUUGACAAACCCAGCACUGUUAUUAUACAGAGAGGAAGUACCUAUAGAAAGAACUGAACGACAUAAUUACAUGCAAAUUCUGACACAUUUGCAAUCAUACAAAGAAGAGGCAUUUACCAAAGUCGAAACAUGGAAUGUCUUUGCUAAAACAUUGGCUAAAGUGUUGGAAAUUGAUUGGACUGAGCGAGAUGAAGAUACAGGCUUGGUAAUCGAAAGGAUAUUGAUACUGAUAAGAAAUGUAUUGCAUGUGCCUGCGGAUCUUGAUAAAGAGAGAAGACCAGAAAAUGAUGCAAGUGUGCAUGAUCAAGUACUUUGGGCUCUCAAUCAAGCUGGAAUUCUUGAUAUAAUACUUUACAUGUCAUCGGAAAAUGAGAAGCAGUAUUUCAUGCAUAUUUUAGAAAUAAUUUCACAUUUAUUAAGAGAGCAAAAUCCAAGUAGUCUAGCUGAUGCAGCCUUACAAAGAAGUGUGGAUGAGAAACUUCGAGAUGAACAAGAACUUUUAACAAUAAGAAUGACUGAAAAUAAAAAUAGAAUUAACAAACUCAAACAAUAUUCUGGAUCAAGGCACUCUCGCUUUGGUGGAACUUAUGUUGUCCAGAACAUGAAAUCAAUGUCAGACAAUGAAAUUAUUUGCUUAAAGCCCUUAAAUAAAAUUUCAAACUUAGACUUUAGUGGAAGUAAGAAGUCUAAAUAUGUGAAACCGAAAAACAGAAGACCUGUUGAAAGUGGUACAAUGGAAAGGAGAUCAGCGUUUGCUAUUAGGUUAUUUUUAAAAGAGUUUUGUAUUGAAUUUUUAAAUAGUUCUUACAAUCCUUUGAUGCAUUAUGUGAAAGAUGUUCUAGUAAGAGCUGGAGCUCAAAAAAAUGAUGAAUCUUACUAUCUGUGGGCUGUAAAAUUUUUCAUGGAAUUCAAUAGAGGUCAUAACUUCCAAGUUGGCCUAGUCAGUGAAACUAUGUCAGUUCCCAUGUUUCAUUAUGUCCAACAACAAAUGGAGAAAUAUUAUGACAUGAUUAAAGUAGAAAAGAAAAAAUUUGUCCCAUGGGUUCGUCGGCUCCACUUAGCUCUGAGAGCUUACAAAGAACUUUUAAAUACAUUAUUGGCGAUGGAUAAAAGCACAGAUCCAACGGUCAAAGAGUCUGCGAAAGUUUUAAAGAGUAAUAUAUUUUAUGUACUUGAAUACCGCGAGUUCAUAUUACAUACAUUUUUAAACUAUGAUGACAAUAAAAUGCCUAGAUCAUACCUUGUAGACGUAUUAGAAAUGGUGCAUUUAUUUCUGAAAAUGCUAGAGCAUUACUGCAAGAAAACCGGAUUAGUCGUUCAGAAAAAAGUUCGAAAGAAAACUAAAUCAAAAAGUUCAAAGAAACGGAAGCAAGCAGUAGUUCCUCGGGUGGUACAACGCGAAUCAUCUGUCUGGGAAGAGGUCCGUCCACAACUGGCGGUGGUACUCAAUUCUGGGGUGGAAGAAUUUCCGCCGCCUUUCGACGCUGUCUCCGACGUACCUAUAGACCAACAAAAAGAGGAUUGCAUGAAGAAUAUUCAGAAACGCAUGAGAGAACAUAAGUUUGAAGAUGCCGUCGGAAUGUUUAGAGCAGCAAGGGAAGUGUGGCCUGAAGAGGGUAUAUUCGGCGAAAUUGGUAUUCAAGCAGACGAAGAGCUCAGCAUGUUGGAAACCAUAUAUAAUACCGAUUUGGGCGUCGAAAUGACAGAAACCGUCGACAGUAAUUUGGAGGAAGCUCAAGGAAACUCUGAAAACGAUGAUGAAGAAGAGGAAGAUGAAGAAGAAGAAGAAGAAAAGACUUCGGCUAUAGUUGAAACUGAUUUCGAUUUUAAUGAUUUCGUUAGCAGGUUUUGCAAACCUGAAGUAGUAAGCUCAUGCGCGUCGUUACUCGAACAAUACGAAAAAAAUCUACCGAACACAAACCACUGUAUAAUGAAGAUGCUGCAUAGAAUAGCUUGGGAUUGCAAGAUGCCGUCCAUGAUGUUCCAAGCGUCUUUAUUUUUGAUUUUCCAAAGAAUACUCGACAAUCCAAUGCCACAGUUCAAAGAAAUAGAGAAGUUCGCUAUAUUUAUAUUUAGAAAAUUUACUGAAGUGGCUUCCAGAAACCCCAAAGUGUUCAUUGAGUUACUCUUUUGGAAAAGCUCCAAAGAUGCAGCUGAAAUCGAACUUGGUUAUGAUUUGUACACAAGUCAAAAGGACAAGCCCGGCGUGGGCUCGUGGUCUCUCGAGCAGGAGGAGGAGCUCAGGACACUCUACAUGGAAAACCAGACCAACCCGGCCACUGAUAAAGAUGUGAUAGAUUGGAUACUAGAGAAUCUAAUAGACCAGACACGUACUCGGCGCAGUGUCAUCAAAAAACUAAAAGAACUUGGUCUGAUAUUCAAAGCGCCCACUAAACGGAGCAACCGGGAGAUGACACGAGAAAAAGCGCCCAAAGAGUUUAGCGAAGAAGAGGAUUGUCUCUUAAAAGAGUUAUGGGAACAAUUCGGCCAGUCUUCAGAUCCAAUGAGCGUAAUAAUAGCACGUAUGCCGCGUAAACGUCAAAAGCGAAGCUAUGUCGACAGAAUGCUCGAGUUGGGCAUUAUAAAAGAUAAGAAUGAAUGCCGUAAAAAGAGGCAAAAGAAAUCGAACGCUAAAAGCACUGAAACAGACGACGAUAAAUCCGACGUGAGCUCAUCCGAUUCGGAAUCCGAUUCUGAAAGCAAUGUUAACAUGAAAGCUACACCUCCGCCGACUAAAGUCAAAACUACGAAAAAGUCCAAGAACACCAAUGAAACCAACAGAAGUAAGAGAAACAGGAAAGUAGAACUUACAGCGAACGAAAUAGCUAAGCUAUUAGUGAACGCCGUCGAUAUUGGGUUGAUCGAAAGUCUUAAAUGGCUAGCGGAAUGCUUGGAAGAGGUAGCGCUGGAUCAAGAAGCCGAAGGUUACGACCCAACCGCAGAAGGAACACCCCUUGUGCCUAUUUCAAGCGAAUCCGUCGACGCUAUGGAAGACGAAUUAUUUCAGCGUGUACUGAAAGGAGUAGGAGUCGCACCGCCCUGCGAUGAACAAGAAUCAUAUUGGAGGAUACCCAGCGACUUACAUUUCAAUACCAUCAGAAAGAGACGUGAAAUAAUCAUAAAAGCGAUAAACAAAGAACUCAUAAUAGAUUCCUCAAUAUCUAUAUCAGAGCCGAACAUAGAAAGCGCUAUUAUAGAAACUGGCAAAUAUUUAAACGACAAUGAAGAUACUAGCGACGACGAUGACUUGUUCGAUAACUUGAGAAAACUGCGCGAUACUAACUCGGAUAACUACACAAACAAUAAGAGCAAUGAAAGUUUAACUAAAAGUUUUAACGUGAAACGUAACAAACGCAGCCGUAGCGUCGAUCCUGAUGAAAAGAACGGCAGAGAAAAAAUGCAGAAGAUAGAAGAAGCAGAUGAAGUUGAUAGUGAAAAAGAUGAUGGGGAUGAAAAUGAUGAUGAAGAUAUUCUCUCGUUCGCGAAGAAAACUUUGCAGCACGAAGAUUUGCCCGAUACUGAGGAUAUUUUGAAUGGAAUCCCAAGAAUCGCAGAUGAUGACAGUGAUAAAGAAGAUGCCGAUAUCGUUUUACCGACGAGGCGUGAUAAAAGACGUCGAAUUGUGAUUGAUGAUGAUUCCGAUUAGCCGAUCGAUCAUAUGGAAUAUGUUAAUAAAAGCAUUGUAUCGUACUGAAA